AUGACCCUGUCUGGAGGCAGCGAACGAGCCAGCGACAUGUCGGGCCAAACCGUGCUUACAGCGGAGGACGUGGACAUCGACGUGGUGGGCGAGGGAGACGACGAGGGCUUGGAGAGGGUGGACAGCGACUGCGACAGUCCGGGGGUGGCCAUCCUCCACGACCUCCGAGAAGACACGGGCGACGAUGACUUGGAAGAUGAAAUCGAAGUUGAGAAAGAAGACAUGGGGUCCGGAGGAGGGAGCCCGUGCUGUGAGAGCUCAGGAGAGGGGGAGCCGGGCACCGGGAAGGGAGAGGGUCACGACCACAGCACGACACCGGGAGGCACGAUGCAGAAGCCCAAGAGCAGCCUGGUAAAGCCGCCCUACUCAUACAUCGCCCUCAUCACCAUGGCAAUCCUCCAGAGCCCACAGAAGAAGCUCACUCUGAGUGGGAUCUGCGAGUUCAUCAGCAACCGUUUCCCCUAUUACCGGGAGAAGUUCCCGGCGUGGCAAAACUCCAUCCGCCACAACCUGUCACUCAAUGACUGCUUCAUAAAAAUCCCCCGGGAGCCCGGCAACCCUGGCAAGGGCAACUACUGGACAAUGGACCCGGCUUCAGAGGACAUGUUCGACAACGGCAGUUUCCUCAGAAGGAGGAAGAGGUUCAAAAGAGUUCAACCGGACGUGCUGAGGGACCAGACGGCGCUCAUGAUGCAAAGUUUCGGCGCGUACAGCCUCGGGAGUCCCUACGGGAGGCACUACGGCAUCCACCCGGCGGCCUAUUCCCACCCGGCGGCUCUGCAGUACCCCUACAUCUCUCCUGUGGGUCCCAUGCUGCCCCCGGGCGUGCCCCUCCUGCCCUCCGCUGAGCUGAACAGAAAAGCCUUCAACUCCCAGCUCAGCCCCAGCCUGCAGCUGCAGCUCAACAGCCUGAGCACGGCGUCCAUGAUCAAAUCAGAGCCCUCCAACAGACCCUCGUUCAGUAUAGAAAACAUCAUCGGGGUGUCCAGCGCCUCCUCAUCCUCACCGGGCGCCGCGCAGGCGUUCCUGCGGCCUCCGGUGACCGUUCAGUCGGCCCUCCUGAGCGCACAGUCCCUCUCCCUGACCCGGACCUCCGCCGCCAUCGCUCCCAUCCUCAGCGUUCCGUCAAAUAUCAUUUCCUCACACGUUUUACCGUCAGCGACGGCGGCCGCAGUGUCCAAAUGGCCUUCACAGUGA